AUGCCGCACCCUGGAGUCCAUCCCUCGUCGUUCCUCGGCGUUCAGCGAGGAUCAACCCAGACUAAGCCUGAAGUGAGCUCCGGGCGGCGCCCUGAAGGCCAGAGGAAGGUGGAACGCAGGCCGCCCAGCGGCUCCGGCUCUGCGUGGGCCUCUUCUCGACGUCGGCCUGAGUCCGUGCUGUUUCCACUUACCCAGCACAGAGACUACAACUCCCAGAAGCCUCCUGGAGCAGAAGUGGGCCAGCCUCCGGCGCACACAGGUGUGUUUGGCAACAAACAGCCAGGGCUCUGCUCCGGGAAGGUGGUUUCGGCUGCGGUCACAGCCCGCAGCCCCGGAGCCCGGUGGGACUCGCGCCCCCCGCCCCACGCGGCCCCCACGCGCGCGCAGGUCCCGUCCUCCGCGCCAGCCCGCGGGCGCCCCGCCGUGGUUUCAGUUCUGCGCCGGGGUCCCGGGGACCGGGCUCGGGGGCUCGGGGGCUCGGGGGGGCUCGGGGGCUUCGGGGGCUUCGGGGGGCUCGGGGGCUUCGGGGGCUUCGCGGGGCUCGGGGGGCUCCGGGGGUCUCGGGGGGCUCCGGGGUCUCGGGGGGCUUCGGGGGGCUCCGGGGGCUCGGGGGGCUCCGGGCCUGCGCCGGCCGCGCGCAGCCCGUCAGGCGGGGGCCCUGAGCUCAGCUGGGCGCCCAGUGGGGACCUGGCCUCGGGAGCCCCUUCCGGCUGGCAGGAGCUGGCGGUCCCAUCCGCAAUGGAUAUCAUGGAGAUAAAGGAGAUCCGCCCGGGGAAGAACGCCAAGGACUUCGAGCGUGCGAAAGCCACGCGCCACAAGGAGGACUGCUGCUUCACCAUCCUGUACGGCACGCAGUUCGUCCUCAGCACGCUGAGCUUGGCAGUGGGUGCACCCGACUCCAAGGAGGAAGCCCUGAAGUGGCUCGGCUUGAAAAUCUUACACCAAGAAGCGCAGGCGUCCACCCCCACCGUGAUCGAGAGUUGGCUGAGGAAGCAGAUUUAUUCUGUGGAUCAAACCAGAAGAAACAGCAUCAGCCUCCGGGAGAUGAAGGCCAUCCUGCCCACGGUGAACUUCAAGGUGAGCAGCGCGAAGCUCCUCAAGGACAAGUUCACGGAAAUCGGCGCCCACAGAGAUGAACUCAGCUUUGAGCAGCUCCACCUCUUCUACAAAAAGCUGAUGUUCGAGCAGCAGAGAUCGAUACUCGAUGAAUUCAAGAAGGACUCCUCCGUGUUCAUUCUGGGGAGCACGGACCGGCCGGACGCCUCUGCCGUGUACCUGCAGGACUUCCAGCGCUUCCUCCUGCACGAGCAGCAGGAGCCGUGGGCUCAGGAUCUAAACAAAGUCCGGGAGCGGAUGACCAAGUUUAUUGACGACACCAUGAGGGAGACGGCAGAGCCCUUCUUGUUUGUGGAUGAGUUCCUCACCUACCUGUUCUCGCGGGAGAACAGCAUCUGGGACGAGAAGUACGACACGGUGGACAUGCAGGACAUGAACAACCCCCUGUCGCACUACUGGAUCUCCUCCUCGCACAACACGUACCUCACGGGGGACCAGCUGCGCAGCGAGUCGUCCACCGAGGCCUACGUGCGCUGCCUGCGCCUGGGCUGCCGCUGCAUCGAGCUGGACUGCUGGGACGGGCCGGACGGGAGGCCCGUCAUCUACCACGGCUGGACGCGGACCACCAAGAUCAAGUUCGACGACGUGGUUCAGGCCAUCAGGGACCAUGCCUUCGUGGCCUCCAGCUUCCCGGUGAUCCUGUCCAUCGAGGAGCACUGCAGCGUGGAGCAGCAGCGCCACAUGGCCAAGGUCUUCAAGGAGGUGCUGGGGGACCUGCUGCUCACCAGGCCCACCGAGGCCAGCGCCGACCAUCUGCCCUCGCCCAGCCAGCUGCGGGAGAAGAUCCUCAUCAAGCAUAAGAAGCUGGGCCCCCGAGGGGACGUGGACGUGAACAUGGAGGACAGGAAGGACGAGCAGAAGCAGCAGGGGGAGCUGUACAUGUGGGACUCCAUCGACCAGAAGUGGACGCGUCACUACUGUGCCAUUGCCGACGCCAAGCUGUCCUUCAGCGAUGACAUUGAACAGACCGUGGAGGAGGAGCCACCCCAGGACACGCCCCCCACGGAGCUGCACUUUGGGGAGAAAUGGUUCCACAAGAAGGUGGAGAAGCGGACGAGCGCGGAGAAGCUGUUGCAGGAGUACUGCACGGAGACCGGGGCCAAGGACGGCACCUUCCUGGUGCGGGAGAGCGAGACCUACCCGGACAACUACACCCUGUCCUUCUGGCGCUCGGGCCGCGUGCAGCACUGCCUCAUCCGCUCGGCCGUGGAGGGCGGGGCCCGGAAGUACUACCUGACCGACAACCUCACCUUCGCCAGCAUCUACGACCUGGUGCAGCACUACCGCGAGACGCGCCUGCGCUGCGCCGAUUUCGAGCUGAGGCUCACCGACGCCGUGCCCAACCCCAACCCGCACGAGUCCAAGCCGUGGUACUACGGCCAGCUGAGCCGGGGCGAGGCGGAGGACAUGCUCAUGCGGAUUCCCCGAGACGGGGCCUUCCUCAUCCGCCGGCGGGAGGGGACCGACUCCUACGCCAUCACCUUCAGGGCCCGGGGCAAGGUGAAGCACUGCCGGAUCAGCCGGGACGGCCGGCACUUCGUGCUGGGCACCUCCGCCUACUUCGAGAGCCUGGUGGAGCUGGUCAGCUACUACGAGAAGCACGCGCUCUACCGCAAGAUGAGGCUGCGCUACCCCGUGACGCCCGAGCUGCUGGAGCGCUACAGCAUGGAGAGAGACAUAAACUCGCUCUAUGACGUCAGCCGGAUGUACGUGGACCCCAGCGAGAUCAGCCCGUCCAUGCCCCAGAGGACGGUGAAAGCGCUCUACGACUACAAGGCCAAGCGCAGCGACGAGCUCACCUUCUGCCGCGGCGCCCUCAUCCACAACGUCUGCAAGGAGCCGGGGGGCUGGUGGAAGGGGGACUACGGGACGCGGCUCCAGCAGUACUUCCCGUCCAACUACGUGGAGGACGUCUCGGCCGGCGACCCGGAGGAGCUGGAGAAGCAGAUGAUUGAAGAUAACCCCCUGGGGUCUCUCUGCAGAGGGAUCUUGGAUCUGAACACCUACAACGUCGUGAAAGCCCCGCAUGGGAAGAACCAGAAACCUUUCGUCUUCAUCCUGGAGCCCAAGAAGCAGGGGGACCCCCCCGUGGAGUUUGCCACGGACAGCGUGGAGGAGCUCUUCGAGUGGUUCCAGAGCAUCCGGCAGAUCACCUGGAAGAUCGACACAAAGGAGAACAACCUGAAGUACUGGGAGAAGAACCAGUCGAUCGCCAUUGAGCUCUCGGACUUGGUGGUCUACUGCAAGCCAACCAGCAAAACCAAGGACAACCUAGAGAACCCCGACUUCCGAGAGAUCCGCUCCUUCGUGGAGACCAAGGCCGACAGCAUGGUGCGGCAGAAGCCCGGGGAGCUCCUGCGGUACAACCAGAAGGGCCUGACGCGCGUCUACCCCAAGGGGCAGCGCGUGGACUCCUCCAACUACGACCCCUUCCGCUUGUGGCUGUGCGGCGCCCAGAUGGUGGCCCUCAACUUCCAGACCGCAGACAAAUACAUGCAGAUGAACCACGCCCUGUUCUCGCUCAACGGCCGGACGGGCUACGUGCUGCAGCCCGAGAGCAUGCGCACCGAGAAGUACGACCCCAUGCCGCCCGAGUCCCAGCGGAGGAUCGUGAUGACGCUCACCGUCAAGGUUCUUGGCGCCCGCCACCUCCCCAAACUCGGCCGGAGUAUCGCCUGCCCCUUCGUGGAAGUGGAGAUCUGCGGGGCCGAGUGCGACAGCAACAAGUUCAAGACGACGGUUGUGAAUGACAAUGGCCUCAGCCCCGUGUGGGCUCCGACGCAGGAGAAGGUGACCUUCGAGAUCUACGACCCCAGCCUUGCCUUUCUGCGCUUCGUGGUCUAUGAGGAAGACAUGUUCAGUGACCCCAACUUCCUGGCUCACGCCACUUACCCCAUCAAAGGCAUCAAGUCAGGGUUCCGGUCCGUGCCUCUGAAGAACGGGUUCAGCGAGGACAUCGAGCUGGCGUCUCUGGUUUUCUGUGAGAUGCGGCCGGUCCUGGAGAGCGAGGAGGAGCUGUAUUCCUCCUGUCGUCAGCUGCGGAGGCGGCAGGAAGAGCUCAACAACCAGCUCUUCCUGUACGACACGCACCAGAACCUGCGCGGCGCCAGCCGGGACGCCCUGGUGAAGGAGUUCAACGUCAACGAGAACCAGCUCCAGCUGUACCAGGAGAGGUGCAACCGGAGGCUGAGAGAGAAGAGAGUCAGCAACAGCAAGUUUUACUCCUAGAAGCCGGGGUGCCCGUGGAGGUGGGACAGGCAUGUUAGCACUUGGCAAGUGUGCUGUCCAGCCCCGGGGCUGGGGCCACCUGUGACCCCAUCUGAGAUGCCACCAAGACCGUGUGACUGAGGGAUCGGGGUGGUUUCCUGGCAGUUUGCCACCUUGGACGUUUUUUCUUAACUUAUGUUCUUUGUAGAGGAUCCCUAAACUGUGUCUGUCAUGGUGGGUGGCCGCUUGUGUUCCAACUCCAUUGAAUAAAACUCAGGCAAUCUUGGUCAGUUCAGUCUUC